AGCAAGAGCUGAAAAGGUUUCUUACGUGCGAAGCGGCCACCAAACGAAAGAGCGAAAAAUAUAUUUCAAAUCAAGCCGACGAAACUUGACCUACCACUUGAGAAAAGCGCAAAUGUUGAAAGCUUGCAAGAAUUUUAUCGAACAUGGGAUGCAGUAAUUCUAAAACACUGGAAGUCAACACAGAUGUCCCCGAUGCUCCUAAAGUGAAACAAGUUCAUACUCAAGAAGAAGGAAAUCGAGGAUUUAAAGCAUUGAACAAGAACACAGAUAUUGGCCAGCAGCAAAGCGGCUUCGAAAAUCAAGAUGUACAUUUAGAGAGAACUGGAAACUGUAAUGGUGUGGGAUUAAUUACCCCGUUUCAAAUCGGCGAUGAUGUUCAUGUGCGCGGUUAUGUCGGCGUUGUAAAGUUUGUUGGUGUUACCGAACUUGGCGAAGGAGAAUGGAUUGGAAUUGAGAUGCAGCAGGAAAUAGAGCAAGGAAAUGACGGAUGUUACAAAGGAAUUCAAUAUUUUCCUUGCGCACCGAAACGAGGUAUUUUUGCUCGACCUUCUGUGGUAUUCCUUCAUGAGGAUUCACCAGAGAAAAGGGAGAAAAUCAGCACGAUUUCACCUGCUGGAAUUGCGCUUUUACAGAUCCGCUGCCGGCGGGCAUUAACAGCCAUUCGUCGGCGUAAGCUUACACUUCGCUCUGACUUGGAGAGGGCGGUAGACGCACACGUCAAAUCGAUACCCAGAAGCGAAACGGAAAACGUCACUAAACUGAGCCAAUAUCUUACAGAGCCGUAUGAAAGCUUAAAAAGCAAGGCUUUUGCUGUCUAUCGAUGGAUAACAACUAACAUUUUCUUCGACGUGGAGGGUUAUUUCGAAACAGCAGCAAGGAAAGGUACAGAUGCCGAAAGUGUGCUUAGGGAACGCGUCACGAUAAGUGAAGGGUAUGCUAAUUUAUUUCAAGAGCUCUGUCGAGCUUCGAACGUCCCAGCACGGAAAGUAAGAGGGUUCGCUAAAGGAUAUGGCUACCAGAUGCGGCAGAAAAUUCCUGAACCAAACCAUUCGUGGAAUGUUAUUAGAGUGAACGGUGGAAAGUGGUUUAUUUGUGAUCCAACUUGGGGCGCAGGUAGUAUCGAGGAGGACAUGAUGUUCCACAGAGAUCCUAACGUACACCAAUUCAUGAUUCCGCCCUCGAUUGCAAUUACGAAUCGUUUCCCUGCUGAAGAGAAAUGGCAGUUUUUAGAUGCACCGGUUACAAAAGAAGCCUUUGAGAGAUUAGCUAUCCCUUCAGGUCCUCUUCGCAUGAUGAAUGUGGCUCUGAGUAGCCACAAAGAGAGCAUGUAUACUGCUUCAGACAGCGAGCAAAUUGAAAUGACUUUUUAUGCAACGGACAGCGCCAUACUGAAAGGAGUGCUAAAAAACUGUGUAUCUGGAAGAGAACGACCCACUACCAGAAAUAUGGUCCGUGUUGAGCCGGCUCGUGAAAAUAACAAAGUUAAACUAACGGCACAGUUUCCCUCUGCGGGGGAAUUUGUGCUGGACGUUAUGGUGCUUAUAGACUCCAAGUGGGAACAUGGGGUCAGAUACUGCAUUUACUCCACGGCAGGCGUUGGGGAGGACAGAGGAGGAUUUCCCACAGUUAGUCUUAAUUUUAAAUCCCUGGGAUUUCAGUUGCACAGCCCGCUAAGGAAUAUCGAAACCAAAGACGGUAAAUGUAGUGUUACUCUAACCUGUAGUAAAAAGCGUUUCGACUCGCUCACGGGAAGGUUAAUCAAGACUUCUGGCGAACGAACCGGGAAAGAGGAAGACCACAGGCUCUGUUGCAGCGAAAAAACCGAGAAUGGUUUCUGCCUAAAAGUGCACUUGCCGAGCAGAGGAGAAUAUAAACUGAGCAUUUACGCCAACUACUACGAUCAUUCCAGGCCCCAGGAGUAUCUGUGCACAUACUUUGUCACUGCUUACAAAGGAGCCGGUCCUGUGCCAGGUUUUCCUUUAAUAUCAGAGCGUUUCCGAGUCUGGGGCCUGACCCUUUCAAGCCACUCGGAAAACAUUUUAGCUGAAAAUGGCCGAACCUCCAUCACCGUUCAAAACCCCAAAGGCGUUUUAUUGUCUGCUCAUCUCCGACUUGACGAGAAAGAUCUUCACGGAAUGUGCGCAGUCGUGAACAUGGAAAACGAGUCUGUAAUUCAAGUUCAUGCUCCUGAAAGCGGCUUUUUCACGUUGAACAUCUUCGGUCGUAAAACGGUGGACGCGAAAUCUGAAUUUCUUUGCUCUUUCACAAUCAAAGCUUUAAAAGGUGUAAGCAACAAUCCAGGUUUCCCACAGAUCUCAGAACUUUUCAAGACUUGGCAGAUUGAGUUGGUUGACCAACACGAAAAUAUCCUGUCAGAAUGUGGAAGGUCUUCGAUAAAACUUAAGACCCCAGGGAGUAUUUUGGUUCAAGCAACUCUACACCAAGGGGAUGACAAUCUCCCCCAUGAGCUGUGCUUCACUGAAAGAGAAGGAUCCGUCAGCAAAAUCAGCGUGCAUUUGCCUGUCGCUGGUUUGUACAAAUUAAACAUUUUUGGACGGGACGGUCCAAGCGCUAAGGGGCAAUUUCUUUGUUCAUUUAGUGUGCUGGCGACAUCGGCAUUCGGGGAGAACCCGGGGUUUCCGCGCGUCUCGGAUGAGUUUCGGGAAUGGGGUCUUCGACUGGAGAGUCACCGACAGAAUAUUACUGUGUAUGACGGGUCCGUGGCUAUCACAUUCAUUAAUCCAAACGCUAUCAAACUGAUUGUUCGUCUGAUAAACGCCGGAAACGGGGAAACUCAAGAAAAGUCGUGUUUGAGCAAGGAGAGAUGCGAUGAAAGAGAAAUUAUUUACUGCCAGCUUCCAGACAAAGGGAAGUAUACCUUGGACGUCCUAGGAAAAAACACCUCAAACUCAAAGAAAAAAGUCCUUCUAUGCAGUUACUCCAUUUGUUAUUGACUCGUCGACAUGCCACCUACAGCACAAGGGUGCUAAUUGAGACUUAUUUCAAAAACUCGUAGCAAACAUAAGUGUAAUUUUAUGCAAGCGUGAAAAUAAAUGGAUUGAGGCCAAAGUGCAAA